GUAUCCUUCCUCCACACCAUCUCUCCUCUCUGCGAAGCUCCAUUGGGACAAUCUUCCCACCGCCCAAACACGCCAGAGAAACCGCAGGCAUCCUCGAAACCCUAAUCCGCGACGCAAUCUACCAAGUUCAAGACGUGGUCGAAUCCUUCCUCUCCGCCAAAUCCGCGUCCUUCUCGUUUCUGGAAAUAACAGAAUCGAUCGACCCCAUCACAUCUCAGGCGAAGGCGCUCGCAGAUUCCAUCAGAAAAGAUAGGCAAUCAUGGCUCGACGGCGGCGGCGACAUUCCUCCGCUGCCCAGGUCCCGUCUCAUCGGCCGUACUAUCGUGGGGCAGGAGAAGGACAAGAAGCUGCUCACCCCCGACCUGACCAACUACCAAGACAGACUUCAAAUCCUCCAUAUAAGCCGUAUGGAGGAUUUCACUCUGGCAUCGGUAAGACUACUCUGGCUCGAAGUAUUUAUGACGAUCCUAAAAUAAAGAACAGUUUCACGUUUCGUGCUUGGGUUACUGUAUCUCAAGAUUAUCAUGUUGGAGAUAUUUUAGCCCGAUUGUUGAAUUCAAUGGAAAGUAGGGGUCAGAAAGCAGGAGAGAGGGUGUAUAUAGGAAGUGAUGAUGAGCUGAAAGUUCAUAUGCAUCAAAGCUUGUACAAUAAUACAUAUCUCGUUGUGAUUGAUGAUAUCUGGGACAUUGAUACUUGGGAUAAAGUGAGGAAUUCGUUACCGGAUAACAAGAAUGGAAGUCGGAUUAUUCUCACUACAAGAAUUCUAAAUGUUGCCAAAUCUGUCAAAUCUUCUGAAUUUUGUCAUGAGAUGCAGCCCCUUGAUGAAGAGAACAGUUGGAUUCUUCUGUGUGACAGGGCAUUUGAAGGGAAGCCAUGCCCUCCCCCCUUGGAGAAAAUCGCAAGGAAAAUUGCGGAGAACUGUCACGGUCUCCCUCUCUCUCUAACUGUCAUCGGAGGUCUUCUCUCGCAAGAAAGGCAGACGAAGGAAUACUGGCAGACAAUUGAGGAAGACACAAAUGCUGCAGCUGCAAAAGGAGAAGAUGCUUACUUAGAGAUACUAUCUUUGAGCUACAAUCACUUGCCUGCUAAGCUGAAGGGAUGCUUCCUUUAUUUGGGGGCAUUUCCAGAAGAUAGUGCUAUCCCUCUCUCUAAACUAUCUAAACUAUGGGUUGCUGAAGGAUUUCUAGUGACAACUCCACAGCAACAAAGGUUGGCAAAGGUUGCGGAGGAGUACUUGGUGGAUCUUACACAGAGAAAUCUGACUACUGUUCGGAAGUUUAGUUCAGAUGGGAGGAUUAAGACCUGUGGAUUGCACGACAGUUUGCGCGAUUUAGCUGUGAAAGAAUCGGGGAAGGAGAAGUUCUUUCACUCUGUAAGGAGGUAUGCAAAUGCCCAGAAAUUAGAGCAAGGUGCAGAGGCCCAAAGACGCGUGUCUGUUCACAAGAACAUUCUCAUUUGCUUGAAAGAUGUUUAUCACACCACAAAGUCAAUUUCAGAUGCAAGAACCCUGAUCUAUGCUGGCUCUCAUCUUCAUCAUCAUCAUCCAAUGCCGCUAUUUUUAACUUAUGAUCUGCUGAGGGUUUUAGAUGCUUAUACAAUUUACUUCAUUCGAUUCCCGCAAGAAUUGGGUCAACUGAUUCAUUUAAGGUACCUGUCUUUGACAUAUAAUGGGAAGCUUGCAUCAUCCUUGUCCAAGCUCCAAAAUAUUCAAAUCUUGAUUGUUUGUAGACAGCCGAGGAUCAUAUUCCUGGGCAAAUCUUUUCUGCCUGAUGAAUUCUGGAGUAUGCAACAAUUAAGGCAUCUUGUACUGCCAGAAACUGAUUUGCCCAAAAUCCCUGAAAAUCCUCCCCUCUUUGCCAACCUUCAAUCCCUUACAGAUAUCAAUGCCGCUUCUUGCACCAGAGAGGUUCUUAGUAGCAUGCCUAAUUUGAAAAAAAUAGGUCUGUGGGUCGAAAAACCGGGUGUCGUAGGCCUUCAUUUAGACAAGCUUGAGCAGCUUGAAGCUUUCAAGUUCAGUGUCUUGAAUCCCAGCCCUAACAAACUCGUUGAAUUCGAGCCUGUAAUUUUCUUCCCUCCAACAUUGAGGAAGCUGAGUUUAAGUGGUUGUGGACUUCCUUGGGAAGCAAUGGAAGUUGUUGCGGCGCUGCAGAAUCUUGAAGUCUUGAAACUGUGAGAGAUUGCUUUCAAUGGUGAAAAAUGGUACAUGGAUGGAUAUGUGUUUGAAAAUCUCAAGUUCUUGUUGAUUCAAUACCUCAAUUUCAAGAGCUGGGAUGCUAAUGACUCCCACUUUCCCGGGCUAGAACAACUGUAUAUGAGGCAUUGCUAUGAUUUGGAGAGAAUCCCUACAGAGAUUGGAUAUAUAGGAGGCCUUAAAGUGAUUGAAUUGGUUGACUGCAGUCCUGCUGCAUUGGAAUCAGCAGGGGAAAUUCAGCAAGAACAAGAGGGCUUUGACAAGAAGGGCUUUGAAGUUCACAUCUAUCAUUCUUAUGAUAGGUUAUACUCUUCCCCUUGAGCAGAAAAAACUUCCCGCUCAAAGUUUUAGGCGUGAACAGUAAAAAGUUACUCGGCCACUUGCAUCAAACCGCUCACAUGCACCUCCUCAAUAGCAUCUUCCCUUCACAUCUUCAGGGUCAAUUUGUUCAUUUAAUCAUCUUCUCAGGUAUGCUCUGCAAUUUCAUCGCUUAAUUUCUAGAAUUGGGAUCUCUAUAUCUAAUUUUCUUAUUGGAUCGCAUCUCAUUUUCCCUUCACAUCUUCAGGGUCAAUUGGUUCUUUUGAUCUUUUUUCAUUUGUCGUUUAAUUUCCAGAGUUGGGAGAAAUAUUUUUACCCCAAAAUUACAGAAUUGAAGUUCUUCGCAUGUAAGUCCAAGCAAUUUGCAGUGUGUUCCUCAAGGUACUAGGAAUGUCAUGUCUUUUUUUAGUUUGAAGAUUUGCACGGGCCAAGAGUAGUCACCACCUAUUCGGUGAAAUGGCUCAGAGUAUGUGAACAGAAGUUUAAUUUAUGAUGCUACCAUGGCACUCUAGAGGGUUUCUAAUACACACUAAGUGAUCCUGCCAAUCAAGCUGGUUAAAAUUU